CUAAUCAAAACAGUUGAAAACAGUUCAGUUGUUGGCAACAUGGAGCGACCAGGCUCAUCCGCAAUGCAAAUGAUUUAUGCAGAACUGGAUGCAGUUAAAGCACAGAAUACGCGCUUGGAGGAAGAGAACAUUCUGCUGCGCCACAGACUGAACCGCGUCUCCACAGAUCAGCACACGAAUGCCACAGUGAAUGUGGAAGCUAAGAUUAGGGCAUUCCAAUUGGAAGAGGAACGCGAUCGCUUAGUGGAGACUCUGCAGAUGCACAAGAAGAAAUACAAUAAGCUGCAGGAUGCAUACCUGGAGAAGGUGAAACGCUGCAAAGCGCUGGAGGAGAUGUUCAAACGGCAAAAGACACUCACGGGGCUGGUAAUGAAGUCAGCAGUGGCUCAGCGGGAAUCAGAACAACAAAUGAUGCUUGAGAAGCGUAAGUCCCAGCAGAACAAAAACAGCUCAGCGGAAGUAGAGCAGCUGCAAGCGAAGCUAGCAAAGAUGCAAGCGGCGCUAGAUGAGUCCUAUGACAUUAUUGAUGAAAUGGACUUUGAAUUGGAAAGCGUCGAUUUGCUGGAGAUGCAGAAUAAAAGUUUGCGCGAAGAGUUGGCAGCGCUCAAGGCGCAACUGAACGAGCGUGCAGCACAAGCAGCUUCAGCUCCAGCAGACGAUGAUGACCCACCGCCCAAAUACGAGCCCACCGAACAGGCGUGUCGCAAUUAUCGUCAGCAUGUGGCCUCGUCCAUUUGUGACAGCUGUUUGCAGAAUGACGACGCCGAUGCUGAAUCACUGGAACGCGCUGCAAUGACACAAAGCCUCGUCGAGACUGUAGAAGCUGAAAGCAAUUCCCUGCGACGUGAGCUUUUGCGCUCGCGCUUACAGAACAAAAUACGCACCAAAUUGGAAAAAGAGCAAGAGGAGGAAGAUUAGAGUCUGAUUAUCCAAUUGG